AUGACGACUAAAGCUAGUGUUUGGCCAAGGCUAGUCACUUGCUUAUCCUCUCUUAAGUUAUACUUAACCGCCUUGUGUCUCGUUGCCACUGUUUUUGUUCUUCUCCAAAUCUGCUCAUUUCAAAUCACUCAACGCUCACUUUCACUCCCACCUGCUCUCUUGACGUAUCUGAAACACCAACCUGAUCAAACAUAUGAAAACAAGACAGCUUACUUGGUGGAAAAGCUACGUGAAUCAGUGACUUUCCUUCCACUCAAGGACAUUCGCUUUUCAAACAAACCACUAGAAGGUCACACCUGGUUCAUGAGUUCUCUCUUUGAUAACCAAACCAGAGGCGAGGCUCAGUAUCAAGAAUUUCCUUCAGAUUCUUCCAAAGGAAGGCUUUUGUGCUUAAAAGGAAUCGAUGAACAUGAUGGAGCAUGGAACUACUACGCGUUGGCUUGGCCUGAAGCUCUUCCUACCAAUGCCAUUCUUCAGGAGGGUUUGACUUUUGUUUCUUAUAAUCACUAUGAUUAUGGUAACUUGUGGCAUGGACUAACAGCAGCAGUCCCAUUUGUUUCUUGGAGCUUAAGAAACCGAUGUGAAAAGCCUCAAAAAUGGGUUUUAUACCACUGGGGAGAGCUAAGGUUCUGGAUGGGACAUUGGGUAAGUGAAAUACUCAGAGCUACUUACGGUCAAGAACCGGAGUUUUUACAUUUUGUUGAUGAAAACAAGCCGGUUUGCUUCGAGAAGGCCGUUGUUAUGAGGCACAACGAAGCUGGAAUGUCAAGGGAGAGAAGAUUGGAGGUUUUUGAUCAUGUUAGAUGCAAAGUAAGAAACUACUGUAACAUCACAUCAGCCGAGACAUCAAGACCGCGAAUCGGUAUGACAUUGUUACUGAGAACAGGAGCCAGAUCAUUCAAGAACGAGUCAGUUGUCAUCAAUGUCUUUAAAAAAGAGUGUGAGAGAGUGGAUGGGUGUGUAUUAAAUGUUUCUUAUUCGGAUAAUCUAACAUUUUGUGACCAAGUGGAGCUGAUGAAGAAGACCGAUGUGUUAGUAUCACCACACGGUGCACAUAUGACUAACUUGUUUCUAAUGGAUAGGAAUAGUAGUGUGAUGGAGUUUUUCCCCAAAGGAUGGCUUAAGCUUGCAGGUGUUGGUCAACGCGUGUUCCAAUGGGGAGCUAAUUGGUCAGGAAUGAGACAUGAAGGCACUUGGCAUGAUCCGGUUGGGGAAACAUGUCAGUUUGCUGAUACUGAUAGACGAUGUAUGUCGUUGGUUUUUAAAAACGCUAUGAUCGGAUACAAUGAGACAUAUUUUGGUGAGUGGGCAAGACUCGUUUUGGGUAAGGUUAACAUUAGAAAGAAGGAGAGUCCGGAACACAACAAAGGUUAUGGUUCUGUAGAUGUAUGUCCUCAGUGUUGAUGAAUAAUAAUGCAAUUUGAUCAGGAAUUGUCAGUUGUCCUGGUCCUACUGGAUAUGUUAUUU